CUUCGAUGGUCGGGGCGACGGUAUCGGACUCUGGCACAAGAGAGAAUGCUGAAGCAUGUGACAAGGAAGAAGGAGAAAAGGGUGUUACCCACAAGAGUGUCCCAUAUUACAAGCUGUUCUCAUUUGCUGAUACCACAGAUAUGGUCUUGAUGGUGGUGGGAUCAAUUGCAGCUAUUGGGAGCGGACUAUCCAUGCCUUCUGUAACCAUAAUAUUUGGUAGGGUGAUUAAUUCAUUUGGGCAGACCCAAGACAUCAGUAAGGUGGUUCAUGCAGUCUCAAUGGUGGCUCUGGACUUUGUUUAUUUGGCCAUUGGAUCUUUUGUCGCAGCACUUCUUCAGGUUUCUUGCUGGAUGAUUGCUGGAGAAAGGCAGGCUGCAAGAAUAAGGAGCUUGUACUUGAGAACCAUAUUGAGGCAGGAUAUGGUUUUCUUUGAUAUGGAGACUUCAACAGGGGAAGUGAUUUCAAGGAUAUCUGGUGAUACCUCUCUCAUUCAAGAUGCCAUGAGUGAGAAGGUGGGCAAGUUCAUCCAACUGGUUUCCACAUUCAUAGGAGGCUUUGCAGUAGCAUUUUUCCAAGGAUGGCUUUUAGCCCUUGUGAUGUUAUCUUCUUUUCCUCCUAUAGCUGUUUGCGGGGCGGCAAUGGCAGUUACCAUAUCUAAAAUGUCGACGCGUGGACAAGCAGCUUACAAUGAGGCUGGGAUUGUAGUGGAGCAGACAAUUAGCUCAAUCAAAACUGUAGCAUCAUUUACUGGGGAGAAGCAAGCAGUAGCAAAAUAUAACAAGUCACUAAGGAAGGCUUACAUGUCUACUGUUCAAGAAGGUUCAGUUGCAGGAGCAGGAUUUGGUGCCCUUCUGUUCUUCUUCUUUGGCAGUUACGCCUUGGCUUUAUGGUUUGGAUGCAAGUUGAUAUUGGAGAAAGGGUAUACGGGUGGCCAAAUCUUCAAUGUUAUAAUGGCAAUCUUGACUGGAGGAUUGUCGCUAGGCCAGGCAUCCCCAUGCAUGGCUGCAUUUGCAGCUGGGCAAGCUGCAGCAUCCAAAAUGCUUGAGACUAUAAAAAGAAAGCCAGUAAUUGAUGCAUAUGAUACAAGUGGCACUAAACUAGAGAAUGUCAAGGGGGAUAUAGAGUUUCGGGAUGUGCAUUUCUGCUACCCGGCAAGACCAGAUGUGCCUAUAUUUGCUGGAUUUUCACUUUGCAUACCAAGUGGACGUACAGUGGCACUAGUUGGAGAAAGUGGGAGUGGGAAAUCAACAAUAAUAAGCUUGAUUGAGAGGUUCUAUGACCCAGAUGCUGGUGAAGUGCUUGUUGAUGGUGUCAACCUGAAGCAUCUGCAGUUGAGAUGGAUUAGAGAAAAGAUUGGGCUAGUAAGCCAGGAACCAGUUCUUUUUGCUUCUAGCAUAAGAGAAAAUAUUGCUUAUGGGAAGGAUGGUGCAACUACUGAAGAAAUAAUGUCUGCAAUCGAGCUUGCCAAUGCUUCCAAAUUCAUCGAAAACAUGCCUCAGGGACUUGAUACAAUGGUUGGAGAGCGUGGGACCCAGUUAUCAGGUGGUCAAAAGCAAAGAGUUGCAAUUGCAAGGGCAAUUCUAAAAAAUCCAAGAAUUUUGCUGCUUGAUGAAGCCACCAGUGCCCUUGAUGCGGAGUCAGAGCGUUUGGUGCAGGAGGCACUUGAUCGAAUCAUGGUCGAUUGCACGACAGUGGUCAUUGCCCAUCGCCUUGCCACAGUGAAGAACUCUGAUACCAUUGUUGUGCUUAACCGAGGAUUGAUCAUAGAAAAAGGUUCCCAUUCAGACUUGCUCAAGAACCAAAAUGGAGCCUAUAGCCAACUCCUCCACCUUCAAGAACUCAACCAAGUUAAACAAGAGGAACAACAGUAUACAGAAGAAUCCUACGAAAAGCCAGACAUAAUAUCUGAAGCCUCUCAGCCUCCAAGCCAGAGGUUUUCUUUGAGCAAAAGGCUAUCUUUUCGGCUAUCCAUGACUCAAAGGUUCUCUUUCCAACGAUCAUCAAGCAGCUCCCGGUCCUUUACACCCCUCGACUUCCAAGAGACAACACUACCGAAGUCCGCCACCACCUUCCAGGAAUGUGGUGAUCCCCAACCUAACGUCUCAUUGGCCCGGCUAGCUCACCUCAACAAGCCCGAGUUCCCCGUGCUAUUUCUUGGUGCAGUUGCAGCUGGUAUCCAUGGUCUCAUACUUCCAGUUUUUGGGCUUCUCUUAUCAAGCAUUCUCCGAGCUUUCUUUGAACCCCCUCAAAAUCUCAAGAAGGAAGCCUCCUCUUGGUCUCUAAUGUUUCUUUUCCUUGGUGUUGGGUCUUUCGUAGUGAGCCCAGUGCAUAGGUAUUUCUUUGCGGUGGCUGGUGGGAAGUUGAUAAGGCGGGUUCGGGCUAUGGCUUUUGAGGCUGUGGUGAGACAAGAGAUGGGGUGGUUUGAUGAGGUCGGAAACACGAGUGCGGAAGUUGCUGCGAGGCUUGAGGCGGAUGCGGCAGGCGUGAGGUCCCUGGUGGGCGAGGCACUCGGGCUUGCCGUGCAGAAUGUGGCCACAGCAGUUGGCGGGGUAGUGAUUGCAUUUUCGGCCUGUUGGCAGCUAGCUCUCCUAAUCCUGGCUUUGUCGCCUUUGGUGGGACUUGAGGGGUGGACACAGAUGAGGUCUAUGAAGGGCUUUAGUGCUGAUGCCAAGGCUAAGUAUGAAGAAGCGAGCCGAGUGGCAAGUGAUGCUGUUGGUAGCAUAAGAACGGUUGCUUCGUUCUGUGCUGAAGAGAAGGUGAUGGAUCUAUUCACAAAGGCAUGUGAAGGUCCUGUGAAGGCCGGUGUUAAGCAAGGGGUGAUAAGUGGCAUCAGUUUUGGAACUUCACUCUUUCUAUUGUAUUGCAUGUAUGCAGUCAGUUUCUAUGUUGGAGCUCAUCUCGUUGAGGAUUCAAAGACGACAUUUGGGAAGGUUUUCAAGGUUUUCUUUGUGCUUACCAUGUCGGCUGUUGGGUUGUCCCAAUCAAGCUCCUGGGCACCAGAAGCUUCCAAGGCGAAGGCUUCUGCUGCUUCCAUUUUUGCAAUUCUCGACCGAAAGUCAAAGAUAGAUUCUAGCGAUGACUCUGGCACAACACUGCCUGUUGUCAAGGGAGAUAUUGAGUUUAAUCAUGUUAGCUUCAAGUACCCAUCAAGACCCAAUGUUCAAAUCUUCACAGACCUGUGCUUAACUAUCGAGUCUGGUAAGACAGUCGCCAUUGUAGGAGAAAGCGGCAGCGGGAAAUCAACCAUCAUCUCACUUCUUGAGAGGUUCUAUGACCCCAACUCGGGCUGCAUCCUCCUCGACCACACCAACAUCCAACAACUUAACCUCCAGUGGCUCCGACAACAAAUGGGUCUCGUGAGCCAAGAACCCGUCCUAUUCAAUGACACGAUCCGAGCCAACAUCGCAUACGGCAAGGAUGGCGAGGCCUCUGAAGUGCAACUGGUUGCGGCCUCCGAAGCUGCCAAUGCCCACACCUUCAUAUCAAGUCUCCCCGAAGGCUACGACACUCGGGUGGGUGAGAGGGGAGCUCAGCUCUCAGGUGGGCAAAAGCAAAGGGUGGCCAUUGCAAGAGCCAUACUUAGGGACCCAAGGGUCUUGCUCUUGGAUGAGGCCACUAGUGCUCUUGAUGUGGAGGCCGAGAAGGUAGUCCAGCAGGCUCUUGAUCGGGUCAUGGUCGGGCGCACCACUAUCGUUGUGGCCCAUCGAUUGUCUACAAUCAAGGGUGCGGAUUCGAUUGUUGUGUUGAGGGAUGGUGUGGUUGCUGAGAAGGGGAGGCAUGAGGAGUUGAAAGGGGUGCAAGGUGGGGCUUAUGCCUCCUUGGUUGCGCUUCAUGUGACCUAGGGUGCACAGUUGUUGCAACCCUCGUGGUUAUUCUUGGCUAUGAAGUAUGAACCGGGGUGGUUUGAAAUUUUCACGAGGCAGGUGAAAUCGACGAUUUGUUUUGGGUGAAAUUUACUUCCUAUGCCCAAAUUUAUAGGUGAAGCCCAAAGAUUUUAUGCUCCUCUGAUUAAUUGUUCACUUAAACCAAGUAAUUUUAAAACCUCAACUUACUUAAAAGGAAAAAGAUUAUAUAAUGUUGCAACCUUAAAAUGUAGA